AUGCCUGGGUUCGAUCAAGUCAUUCCACAGCCCGACUCGAGGGAGCUCCUCCCUCCACUCCUGGCCUGUCUUGCAGUGUCAGGCAGAGCAAAAGAGGCACCACCAGGCCUGCUACCCCUCGUCUCGCCGAUUCUCCGCCAACGGCUUCAGCUUGUUGCUACAGACGAUUGGCUCUCGCUUCUUUGCUGGGACCGAAAUGUCGCCGCAAAGCUACCGUCAGUCAUCGAGAAGAUCCAGGUUGAGCCACACCCCGCCUCGGGCGAAAUCGAACCGGAAGACCCGGACAAGAUAUUGUACAGACGGUCAGACCCUGAGACACUCCACGCGAGAUUAGUCUUGAGCGAAUUUGGCAUCCUACCCACAUAUCUCUGGUGCACUGGCGGAGAUGGGGGUAACAGGUGGCUCCUUGCUGAACUCAGAGGCAUCGAAGAUGUCGAAGACGGCACAGAGUGGUUCGAGAGCUUAGGUGAAGCACACGAAGCAGGCUUCCGCCGCAAGCCCGUGAAGAGUAAUGGCCACCCCACUCAGCAGCCCACGCAAAUCUCGGAACCUUUGCAAGAGGAUAACGAAGACGAUGACGACGGCUCCUACUGGGCUGCGUAUGACCAGACUCCGAACACCCGCACACCCGCACAGAAACGCUCGCCUGCACCUCAGACAAGUAAUCGCACACAGACUGGCCCAACACAGUCCGAACUCGAGUACUUCGCUCGCUACGCCUCAGAAGUCCAACCCGCACUCGAUGCACACGACCCAGACGAGGAGAGCCCAGCCGCUGGUGAAUCGACACUUAACGGCAAUGCCCUGAACUACACUCGCGCACCCCAGACUGAACCGCUUGAGACCUCAAACCUAGGUCCGAACGGUUACGACUCCUCGCUGCCACCUCCCUACGUGAACGAUUCGGGUGGAGAGAGCAGGACUGAGCACAUCGAGUCUGUCGACGAGGCACAACACACCGCUUUAAAUCACCCACGACCGAAUUCUUCUUCGUCAUCGAGGUCGGUUGAGAAGCUGGAGAGGGAAGCUGCAAGUCACAGUCAGGCAGAGCUUGCUAUCAAGCAGCAUAUCAGUACGGAUAUCAAGAGCUUGUUCCGAUUGGCGAGGGCGUCGGGCAUUGACCGAGAAGAAUUUGAAAGGAUCAUCCAGAGGGAAUUGGAGGUUUUGCCAUUGCUGGAGCGGGACUCUGACUAG